AUGGUGUCCUCCGUUAUUAUUUCUACAGCAGUGGUAAUAGUUACCAGUACCAUGAUGAUGAUGUUAUUCUCCCUUGCCAAAGCAAUACCAUCACCAUCUUCAUCAACUGAUGAGGCAGAGGCUCUGCGCAGCACCGGUUGGUGGAAUUCUACCUCUGCUCAUUGCCACUGGGAUGGUGUAUAUUGCAAUAAUGCCGGAAGAGUGACUCGAAUCGCCCUUUACGGUUCAGGAAAAGAAUUGGGUGAGCUUAGCAAAUUCGAGUUUUCUUCAUUUCCCAGCCUGGUUGAGCUCAACCUUUCUGCCUGUGGACUCAAUGGUAGCAUCCCGCACCAAAUAGGUACUCUUACUCAACUCACUGUUCUUUCUCUCCAUGAUAACAAUCUUACAGGUGAGAUACCUCUGUCCUUGGCUAACCUCACUCAGUUGCUCUACCUCACCCUUUGUUCUAAUCCACUACAUGGUUCGAUUCCUCCCGAAAUUGGGAAAAUGAAGAAUCUGAAUAAGUUGAAUUUGGGUUAUAACAACCUUACUGGUGUCAUCCCUUCAUCUUUUGAUCUCAGUGAGAAUCAAAUCAGUGGUUUCAUCCCCGAAGAAAUAGUAAAUUUGAAGAAAUUGAGUCAUCUAGACAUGAGUAAUAACUUAAUAAGUGGAAAGAUACCUUCACAGUUGGGAAAUUUGAAAGAAGUAAAAUACUUCAAUCUCUCCCACAAUAACCUCUCUGGCACCAUUCCUUAUUCUAUUUCUAGUAACCACAGAUGGACAUUGAUUGAUUUAUCAAACAAUCAGUUGGAGGGUCAACCUAGAGCUCCGAUAGAGGCAUUUGGCCACAACAAAAGUCUAUGUGGUGAAAUCAAAGGUCAGCCACGAUGUAAGAAAAGGCACCAAAUCACACUCAUCAUUGUUGUUUCUUUAUCUACAACCUUGUUGCUUUCAGUUGCAAUCCUUGGUUUUCUCUUCCAUAAACGAAGGAUUAGAAAAAAUCAAUUACUCGAGACAACAAAGGUGAAAAAUGGAGAUCUAUUUUCCAUAUGGGACUAUGAUGGUGUGAUUGCUUAUCAAGACAUCAUCCAAGCAACCGAAGAUUUUGACAUCAAAUACUGCAUAGGCAUGGGAGGCUAUGGGAGCGUUUACAGAGCACAACUACCUUCCGGGAAGGUGGUUGCCUUGAAAAAACUUCAUGGAUGGGAAAGAGAGGAUUCGACUUACUUGAAAAGCUUUGAAAAUGAAGUUCAAAUGCUAACAAGAAUACGACAUCGUAAUAUUGUGAAACUUCAUGGCUUUUGUCUACAUAAGAGAUGCAUGUUUCUAGUUUACAAAUAUAUGGAGAAAGGAAGCUUGUAUUGUAUGCUAAGGGAUGAAGUUGAGGCUGUGGAAUUGGAUUGGAUUAAGAGGGUGAAUGUUGUUAAAAGCAUUGCUAAUGCUUUAUCCUACAUGCAUCAUGACUGCGACUUGCCCAUCAUUCACCGAGACAUAUCAAGUAAUAACAUUCUUUUGGACUCUAAGCUUGAAGCUUUUGUGUCGGAUUUUGGCACUGCAAGAUUGUUAGAUAAUGAUUCAUCCAAUCGAACCCUUCUUGUAGGCACUUAUGGUUAUAUUGCACCAGAGCUUGCUUAUACUAUGGUUGUGACUGAAAAAUGUGACAUUUAUAGCUUUGGGAUGGUUGCAUUGGAGACGAUGAUGGGAAUGCAUCCAGGAGAAUUUGUCACCUCAUUAUCAUCUUCAUCAACUCGAAACACAACGUUAAAGGAUGUAUUAGAUUCACGUCUUUCAUCUCCUAAAAGUAUACAAGUUGCUAAUAACAUAGCUCUUAUAGUGUCAUUGGCGCUCAAAUGUCUCCAUUCUAAUCCACAAUUUCGUCCAUCCAUGCAAGAAGUGUCUUCGAAACUUGUUUCUACAAGGUCAUUCCCACAACCCAUCAGUGCAAUAUCACUUUUGCAACUAAAAGAUGAAGUUAUUUAAAUGGCA